AUGGCCAGGGUGGCUGAGCUCAAUGCAUGGCCUCGCCGCGGAGGGCUCGGAAGAACACCCGAAUUUGAAGAGCCCAAUGACGAUCUCUCCUGGGACAGUGAUGGUUUAGACACAUACAGCAGCAGCGACAGCAGCACCAGCAGCACCAGCAGCACCAGCACAAGCGACAGCAGCGGCAGCAGCGAGAACAAAAACCGCAAAAGGCGCAGAAACAGACGCAAAUACAGCAGCAGCAGCACCAGCGACAGCAGCAGCGACAGUAGCAGCAACAGCACCCAAAGCAGCAACAGCAACGAUAAUACUGCGGGCGGCAUACAGGAUACACCUUCACCCACUCGCCCUCCGCCUGUGCAGCAAACCCUGCCAACAGAUGAAUCUGCUGCUGCUCCCCCUGAUGCUACUCCCGCUGAGGCUGCUGCUGCCGAUGCUGCUUCCACUGCUGAUGAGAGUGGUGCUGCUGCAGCGCCAGACUCCGAGCGCAAUAAGACGGUUGAGCCAACAGCAGCAAAAGGACCAGCUGAAGCAGCAGAAGCAGGAGCAGCACCAGCAGCUGCAGCAGACGGGCAGGUAGAAGCAGCGAAUCCUGAGGUAGUUGCGGCAGAGGCUCCCGCUGCAGAAGCAUCCGCAUCAGCAACAUCAGCCUCAGCAGCAGCAGCAGAACAGACCGCAACAGCAGCAGAAUCUGAAGCUGCAGAAACAGGAGCAGCAGAAGACGAAGCACGAGGAACAGACGAAGAAACAGCUAAGCAGCAGCAAACGCAAGUAGCUCAACAGGUAACGGAACAGCAACACGAGGAACAGCAGCAGCAGCAGCAGCAGCAGAAUGGUGAGGAGGGGAGUACACCGGUGGAGACGACGCAGCAGCAGACCCCGGAGCAGCAACAGCAGCAAAUAGAGCUGCAGACCCAAGAGCAGACUCAAGGACAGCUGCUGCAGCACGAGGAGCCACAGCCGCCGCAGCAGCAGCAAGAACAGCAGGAGCAGCAGCAGCACGAGCAGCAACCGCAAGAGCAUCCAGAGGAGCUCCCAGAUCAACAGCAGCAGCAGCAACCGGAAUUACAGUACCAGCAACAGCAGAAGCAAGACCAAGACCAGCAACAGGCGCAAGAGCAAACAGAGCAGCAGCAGCAGCAGCAAAAGGAAGAAGCAGAGACGCACCCAAAGGAAAAGCAGCAGCAACAGCAAGAGAAACCAGAUGAGCUGCCGCAGCAGCCACAACAGCAGCGGCAGCAGCAGCAACAGCAACCGCAAUCACAACAGCAGAAGGAGCAGCAGCAGGACCAAGACCAGCAGCAACAGCAAGCAGACUCGCAGGAACAACAGCAGCAGCAAGUGCAACUAGAGCAGCAGCAGCAGCAAGAUCAACCACAGGCUUCGUCCCAGCAGCAGCAGGAGCAGGAGCAAGCAAAGACGCAGCAACAGCAGCAGCAGCAACCGCAAUCACAGCAACAGCGGGAAGAGCAGCAAGAGCAAACAGAGCAGCAGCAACAGCAAGAGCAAGCAGCGGUGAACACGCAGCAGCAGCAGCAAGUGGAACUAAAGCAGCAGGAGGAGCAGCAAGACCAACCAAAGGAGCUGCAGGAGCAGGAGCACCAGGAAGGGCAAGGAAAGCCACAGCUGCAAGAGCAACCAAAGACGGAGCAGCCGCAGCAAAAGCUGCAGGACGACCUAAUACUGCAGCAGCAGGAGCAGGAGCAGGAGCAACCAGAUAAGCAGCCAGAGCAACAGCAGAAGCAGCGACCGCAGUCACAGCAGAAGGAGGAUCAGCAAGGCCAAGACCAGCAGCAACAGCAAAAUCCAACUAGUGCAGCAGCAGGAGCAGCAGCAGCGGCGAGUGGAACUAAAGCAGCAGCAGGAGCAGCAAAAGCAACCAAAGGAGGCGGCAAAGCAGCAACAGCGGGAGCAGGCAAAGGCGCAGGUGCAAAAACAAAGAAAGACGCAGCGGCAGCUGCACCAACAAAAGCAGCAGGACGAACUAGUGCAGCAACACCAGGAGCAACAGCAAGAGGAGGAAGUAGAAAGGCACCCAAAGCAACAGCAGCAACAACAAGAACAACCAGAGGAGCAGCGACAGCACCAACAACAGCAACAGCACCAAAGUCAAGACCAGGAGCAGCACCAAAACCAAGCAGAGGUGCAUCAGCAACAGCAGCAACAGGGCAAACUACUGCUGCAGCAGGAUCAGCAAAAACAACCACAGCAGCAGCAAGUAGAGAAAGAAGGACCAGCGGAACUGCCGAAGAAGCAGCAAAAGUUAAAGCAAGCAAUGACGCAAGCAGCGGUGCAGCAGGAGCAGCAAAACAGGAACCAGCGCAGCAGCAGCAGGACCAGCAACAAGGGGAGCAGCCAGAGCAGCAGCCAAAGCAGCACGAGCAGGCACAGCAGGGGCAGGGGCAGCAAAAGGAGCAGCAACACAAGCAAGGAAAGGAGCAGCAGCCGCAGCAGCAAGAGCAAUCAGAGAAGGCGCCAAUGCAGCAGCAGCAGCAACAGCAGCAGGAGUUGCAGCAACAGCAAAGAGCACAGCAGCAGCAGCAGCAAGAACCAGAGCAGCAACAACAACAGCAGCAAGAGCAACCCGAGAAGUUGCCAAUGCAGCAGCAGCAGCCGCCGCAGCAGCAAGGAGAGGAGCAGCAGCAAGAGCAAGUAAAGACGGAGAAACAGGAGAACAGACAACUAGAGCAGCAACAACAGCAGCAGCAAGAGCAACCCGAGAGGUUGCCAAUGCAGCAGCAGCAGCAGCAGCAGCAAGAAGAAGAAGAAGAGGCGAAACUGCCGCAGGCACAGCCGCCAGCGCUACAAUCCCGUGAGGAGCAGCAGCACUAG